AGCAAAAGUUAACUUGUGCAGCUAAGUUUCCCCUUUGACCUCGGUGAGGGAUACGAACGUCAUUUGUUUAUACCUGUUGCAAUGGCGACCUUAACGGAACUGAAAUGCGCUCUGAGAGAGAGCCUGGAGUCUCGAGGUGUGUUGGGUCAGCUGAAAGCUCGGAUCAGAGCUGAGGUGUUCAAUGCGCUCGAUGAUCAGAGCGAGCCGCGUCCUGCGCUGUCGCACGACAACCUUCUAAUCAACGAGCUCAUCCGCGAGUACCUGGAAUUCAACAAGUAUCGAUACACAGCGUCUGUGUUGACAGCAGAAUCAGGUCAACCUGAGGUACCACUUGACAGACAGUUCAUGGCGAAUGAGCUGAAAGUGGUGGAGGACCCCAGUUCCAGAUCUGUGCCUCUACUGUACGGCUUGCUAUCCCACUUCCUAAGCAGCAGCGGAGACAGUGGAGGGAAGCUGUUUCUCAGGGGCUCAGCACCUGCUACUAUGACCAGAGACUCUAACACACUCCCUGGUCCUGAGUCUUAACACAGGUGUGUCCUGUCUGUCACUCCAGAUUGCACUGGAACUGGGGGUGUUGAGCAAUU